AUGUUGAACGACACGUGGCCUAAAAUCCACCGUUACUCUUCGGAAUUCCCAAAUCUACCCCUUGCGUCUCUUUUUGUUCCUCGCGAUUCUAAUGCCCACUCCUACUGCAAGAUCCGAAAAACUAAUUAACUGCAAACCUCAGCUCACGCCAACAACAAUUUUCCUUCUUACACUCAAAAAUGGCUUCAUCUCAGGUUGAGAUGGAGAGAACGGCCAGGAAUGAUAUCCAAUUGAAGCGCCUAGGUUUUCUGAGGACUCUCACUAUAAACGUAAUCGUUCUGGUCUCCAACAUCUACGACCACGCUAAGCAGAAUUCUGGCUCCCUCAAACCCACCGUCGACAAGGCGGAAGACGCCGUUGCAGCGGUUGUCACCCCCAUUUACCAGAGAUUCAAAGACGUUCCUACUCAUCUCCUCGUUUUCCUUGACAAUAAGGUGGACGAAGCAUCUCACAAGUUUGAUGAGCGUGCGCCGGCCACGGCCAAGAAGGUGGCUCUGAAGGUCCACUUAAUAAUGAAGAAGGCAUCCGCCACAGUUGAAGAGCUGGCGGAGGAAGCCAAGGUUGGUGGUCCCCUUGCUGCAGUGUGUCGCGCCUCUUCGAUUUCCAAGACCUUUGCUGUGAACCAGGUAGCCGUGGUGUGGUACAAGAUGAACCAGCAUCCUACUCUGCACGGAGUGUCCGAGCUGGCGGCUCCAACCGCCACACAUUGGUCGGAGAAGUACAAUAGCUUGGUGGAGGGCAUGAGAGGCAAAGGCUACAGCGUGUUCUGCUAUGCCCCGUUGAUCCCGGUUGAGGAAAUGGCCAAGGCUUAUAAGCAAGUGGAGGCAUCUGCGGGUAAGGAGGAGGAUGCGUCGUGCUCGAGUGGAAGUGAAUCGGACAAGGAAUAGGUUCCGGGCGUUCGUGUAAUGAUACUGAUAGGUGCGUAUGCUUCUCUUCUCCCUGUUUGAAAUGUGUAAAUGAGGCGGUGGAUGGGGGGAUUUCUGCUGAUGGUGUGCGUUGUGCCGUUUUUCUUGUCUACUUUACGCGACUCUUGGAAGCAUUUGGUGUGUUCUGUACAUUACACGAGAGAGACCCGUAUUCCAAUGAUAAAGAUUCCAGCAUCAAAUUCAUCUGCAUAUCACGAUAUUGCUACCUCCACUUUUACUUUCAAUAUGCGUAUUCGCCUUUCUUAUAUCUUUCAAAAUUACAUCUUUGUACCAAUUAAAUUUGGGUUUCCUUUCUCAAUACCUAAUAAGUUAUCAUUAUCUUA